CCCUUGGUUUGACUUGCACUCUUCCCCCGCCACCAGCUGUCUAGGAAUCAUGGCGGAAUGUAAAAAGUCUACCUCAUGUCCGUCUCCAGCUUCAGAAAUGACCUCUCUCGCUAGAGCUUUGUCCCAUUCAAGGUUGAGUCAACCUGAUCAGUCUGUGUUCAAGUCGCAUACUUCUGUUUACCGGAGCAAUGUGGUACAGCCAGGCCGACGGAGGAGGUUGUCGAGCAGCAACAGUGUUGAGUCUCUGGAUGUGAGCCCCUGUGCUGAAGCGCGAGUCUUGGUCAUCAACACCGGAGGAACAAUCGGGAUGAUGUACCAUAAUAACGUGCUGUCCCCAGAGCCUAAUGCGUUUGUGAAGGCCCUGCGAAAGCUUCCCAUCCUCCAUGAUGAGCAGUAUGCCCUGCAGACCCGUAUGUACGACUACUACAGCACGAGUGACCCACAGGAGAACACCCUUGUCCUGCCGAUGCCGACAGACCUCGCUGAUGAACUAUCAAAAAGGCUGUGCAAACAAAAUAAGAGGAUAGUGUACACUGUUUUAGAGUACAGCCCCUUGCUGGACUCUUGCAAUAUGACCACAGAUGACUGGGCUACAAUUGGGAAGGACAUUGAGAAACACUAUGAGAAGUAUGACGGUUUUGUUAUUCUCCACGGCACGGACACCAUGGCCUACACAGCAUCCGCUCUGUCCUUCAUGUGUGAGCAUCUGGGGAAGCCUGUCAUCCUCACCGGCUCCCAGGUGCCGAUCUAUGAGAUGAGGAACGAUGGAAGAGACAACCUGUUGGGGGCGCUGCUGAUCGCUGGUCAGUUUGUCAUUCCUGAGGUUUGUCUGUAUUUCCACAACAAGCUGUACCGGGGCAACCGUGUGACCAAGGUGGAUUCUGGGAGUUUCAAUGCCUUCAAUUCUCCUAACCUGGCUCCUCUGGCCAAUGCUGAAGUGGAUAUUAAAAUUAACUGGGACACGGUGUGGAGAGCAAACACAACCUCGCGGUUCAGAGUGAGCACUCAGAUGAACCGUAACGUGGGUCUGCUGAGACUCUUCCCAGGCAUCACUGCGAUGACCGUGAAGUCCUUCCUGCAGGCGCCCAUGGAGGCCAUCGUCCUGGAGACGUAUGGUAGUGGAAACGCCCCUGACAACCGUGCUGACCUGCUUGAGGAGUUCCGGAAUGCCACAGAGAGGGGCGUGAUCAUUGUCAACUGCACCCAGUGUCUGAGGGGUUCUGUCACCACAUCGUACGCCACUGGAAAGGCCUUGAGUGACGCAGGACUGGUGGCAGGCUGUGACAUGACUCCUGAGGCUGCCCUGUGCAAGCUGUCCUACGUGCUGGCCAGGACGGACCUCAGCAUAGAGGCCAAAAGAAAGAUGCUGAGUCAGAACCUGCGGGGAGAGAUGAUCGCUGACCUGCAGGGGGCCAAGCUCACUCUGAGUGACAGUCGCUUCAUCCAGGUCAUCGCCAAGUCCCUGAGCAUCAGCUGUAAGGAGGAGUUAGAAGCUGUCCGGGAUGCUCUGACACCCACCUUAGCUUGUGCCGCUUCUAAGAUAGGAGACUUGGAGGCCUUGGAUGCCAUAAAGGAGAUGGGCAGUAACUUAAGUCUGGGGGACUAUGAUGGACGUACCCCUCUACACAUCGCUUCCUGUGAGGGCCACCUCAAUGUGGUGCAGUAUCUACUGAGCCAGGGUGCCACUGUCUACGCCAAAGAUCGCUAUGGGGACACACCCCUGCGCAAUGCUGUGCGCUUCAGACACAAAGAGGUGGUGAAGCUGCUGAGAAAGACUGGAGCUCAUUUCUCCAGGGAUGAGUUGGAGGAUGCCGGCUCAGAGCUGUGCAGUCUGGCAGCCAGUGCUGACAUCAAGGGCCUGGAGAUGUGGCACCUGGCCGGGGGAGACCUGGACACGCCAGGCUACGACGGGCAGACGCCGAUGGAGGUGGUGAGUGUUUGGGACUGGGAGCCUCUCUCCAACUUACAAACAUGGAUCGUAAAGGAUGUGUAGGGUAAGGGUAACCCAGACUAGUUAUGUAACAUGGAUAGUAAAGGAUGUGUAGGGUAAGGGUAACCCAGACUAGUUAUGUAACAUGGAUAGUAAAGGAUGUGUAGGGUAAGGGUAACCCAGACUAGUUAUGUAACAUGGAUAGUAAAGGAUGUGUAGGGUAAGGGUAACCCAGACUAGUUAUGUAACAUGGAUAGUAAAGGAUGUGUAGGGUAAGGGUAACCCAGACUAGUUAUGUAACAUGGAUAGUAAAGGAUGUGUAGGGUAAGGGUAACCCAGACUAGUUAUGUAACAUGGAUAGUAAAGGAUGUGUAGGGUAAGGGAACCCCAGACUAGUUAUGUAACAUGGAUAGUAAAGGAUGUGUAGGGUAAGGGUAACCCAGACUAGUUAUGUAACAUGGAUAGUAAAGGAUGUGUAGGGUAAGGGUAACCCAGACUAGUUAUGUAACAUGGAUAGUAAAGGAUGUGUAGGGUAAGGUUAACCCAGACUAGUUAUGUAACAUGGAUAGUAAAGGAUGUGUAGGGUAAGGGUAACCCAGACUAGUUAUGUAACAUGGAUAGUAAAGGAUGUGUAGGGUAAGGGUAACCCAGACUAGUUAUGUAACAUGGAUAGUAAAGGAUGUGUAGGGUAAGGGUAACCCAGACUAGUUAUGUAACAUGGAUAGUAAAGGAUGUGUAGGGUAAGGGUAACCCAGACUAGUUAUGUAACAUGGAUAGUAAAGGAUGUGUAGGGUAAGGGUAACCCAGACUAGUUAUGUAACAUGGAUAGUAAAGGAUGUGUAGGGUAAGGGUAACCCAGACUAGUUAUGUAACAUGGAUAGUAAAGGAUGUGUAGGGUAAGGGAACCCCAGACUAGUUAUGUAACAUGGAUAGUAAAGGAUGUGUAGGGUAAGGGUAACCCAGACUAGUUAUGUAACAUGGAUAGUAAAGGAUGUGUAGGGUAAGGGUAACCCAGACUAGUUAUGUAACAUGGAUAGUAAAGGAUGUGUAGGGUAAGGUUAACCCAGACUAGUUAUGUAACAUGGAUAGUAAAGGAUGUUUAGGGUAAGGGUAACCCAGACUAGUUAUGUAACAUGGAUAGUAAAGGAUGUGUAGGGUAAGGGUAACCCAGACUAGUUAUGUAACAUGGAUAGUAAAGGAUGUGUAGGGUAAGGGUAACCCAGACUAGUUAUGUAACAUGGAUAGUAAAGGAUGUGUAGGGUAAGGGUAACCCAGACUAGUUAUGUAACAUGGAUAGUAAAGGAUGUGUAGGGUAAGGGUAACCCAGACUAGUUAUGUAACAUGGAUAGUAAAGGAUGUGUAGGGUAAGGGUAACCCAGACUAGUUAUGUAACAUGGAUAGUAAAGGAUGUGUAGGGUAAGGGUAACCCAGACUAGUUAUGUAACAUGGAUAGUAAAGGAUGUGUAGGGUAAGGGUAACCCAGACUAGUUAUGUAACAUGGAUAGUAAAGGAUGUGUAGGGUAAGGGUAACCCAGACUAGUUAUGUAACAUGGAUAGUAAAGGAUGUGUAGGGUAAGGGUAACCCAGACUAGUUAUGUAACAUGGAUAGUAAAGGAUGUGUAGGGUAAGGGUAACCCAGACUAGUUAUGUAACAUGGAUAGUAAAGGAUGUGUAGGGUAAGGGUAACCCAGACUAGUUAUGUAACAUGGAUAGUAAAGGAUGUGUAGGGUAAGGGUAACCCAGACUAGUUAUGUAACAUGGAUAGUAAAGGAUGUGUAGGGUAAGGGUAACCCAGACUAGUUAUGUAACAUGGAUAGUAAAGGAUGUGUAGGGUAAGGGUAACCCAGACUAGUUAUGUAACAUGGAUAGUAAAGGAUGUGUAGGGUAAGGGUAACCCAGACUAGUUAUGUAACAUGGAUAGUAAAGGAUGUGUAGGGUAAGGGUAACCCAGACUAGUUAUGUAACAUGGAUAGUAAAGGAUGUGUAGGGUAAGGGAACCCCAGACUAGUUAUGUAACAUGGAUAGUAAAGGAUGUGUAGGGUAAGGGUAACCCAGACUAGUUAUGUAACAUGGAUAGUAAAGGAUGUGUAGGGUAAGGGUAACCCAGACUAGUUAUGUAACAUGGAUAGUAAAGGAUGUGUAGGGUAAGGGUAACCCAGACUAGUUAUGUAACAUGGAUAGUAAAGGAUGUGUAGGGUAAGGGUAACCCAGACUAGUUUUGUAAGAUGGAUCAUUAGGUUUUCUC